AUGCCUAACAGAAGACGCACAAGCAACGAAGAACAAAAAACCACCACUGCACUGAGAAGAUCCCCCAGAUUCAUUCACAGAAAUCAAGCUUGCGUAGAGUAUUCCGAGACCCCAAGGCCCACAUUAAGGAAAUCUCAAAUCGAUUCGUUUUCUACACCUUGUCACUCCGAAAUUCAGAAAAAUGGCAAUAGUGUGUCCAAAAGCUCGAAGAAACCUCGCAAAGAUUCUGGAAGCUCCUCAAGAUUGAAUUGCGCGGCCAAUUUUAGCGGCUUGGUUGAGAAAAGGGUGACGAGGAGUUCGACUCGUGGAGCGCAAUCUCUACAUUGUGGUUUGAACCACUAUGGUGAAAUCCCGGAGAAUGACAAUGCCGAGUCAAACUGUUGGGGCAAAUCCAGCGAACGGUGCAUUAGGUCUUCGAGAUUGGAGGAUAUGUCAAAAGUGGGUAAAAGUGAAGAAAUUCUGGAUUCAGAGAAGCAGCAUGUGGUAGAGAAACGGGUGACAAGAAGUUCACUUGGGAAUAAGUCUGUAAAUGAUUAUGUUUAUUCGGAUAAGGAUGUCAGCAAGAGGGUAAGGGCUUCGUCAACAUUAGUGAAGGCUAAAGCUGGGGUUGAUUUUCCUCAGAAAAGCACGCACAACAUUGAGAAGCGGGUUACUCGGGGGGCUCUAUUGGUUGAGAGGCCUAAUGGCAUGUCGACACAUAUGGCGUGUAAAGUGGUUGUUUCAAAUGAAAGAAAAACCAAAGGGGACGGUGAGGAGAAUAGGGAAGCCGGUGAGAGAAAAUGCAAAAGAAAGAUGCAAGUUGGUGUGAAGAGAAAGAGAGAUCAAACGGAGGGAGAUUGUGAGUUUAAUAGAGCAUGGAGUCAAGAACAAGAAUUGGCUCUGAGAAGGGCUUAUUUUGCUGCGAAGCCCACGCCUCAGUUCUGGAAGAAGGUUUCUAAGAUGGUUCAUGGAAAAUCGGCUGAGGAAUGUUUUAAUAGAAUUCAUUACAACCACUUAACCCCACCUCAACCUCGAACACGUUCCAGAACAAACAAAAAGGAACAAUCACCCGUCCCCUAUUCUGCUAGUAAGCUGCUUAGUCCUGCCGGGAUCAGAACCAAAAAGAUUAAGUCUCAUAGGAGAACACUUGUGGCCCAGAAGACCGUACGACAAAUUCUGGAAAAGCAAUGCAAUGAAAAUCACGACUACAAAGCAGAUUUGUUUUCUGUUCUUGAGCCGGGUAUUGAGUUAUCUUCUCUUGAUUUUCAAAUAAGUACACCAUUUGUCUCACCAGUACCAAAUCGAGCAUCUUCCGUUCUCAGUAGAUGCCUUGAGAUGUCCUCAUCAGCCCCCCAUAAGAAGCAACACUCGAGAUUAAGCUGCUCGCAAAGUGCGGCUUUUGUUAGUCCCCCGGUGUUGAAGCAGAUUAAAAACAAGGCUUUGCAUGACAAAUACAUAGACCAGUUGCAUUGCAGGGAUGCCAGGAGAAAGAUGGAAUCGUUAAGGAAUUUGAAAUGUGUACAGGGAAAAAAAGACAAACUUUUGAGUCAUUCACAAGUGAAUUUGGUUAAAUCCGCGAAAGAUGCUUUGUUUUUUGAUGCACAAGAAGCUAUUACCAAGUUCCGGAGUCUGCAGUCAAGCACGAAUGGAGAUAUUGACGAGGAUGAUAAAAUUAUUGACCAUAAUGAUGAGAAUGAAGAAGAUGAUGAUGAACUUUGUUAA